AAGCUUGUUUAUUUAUAUGGCACCAUCACCAAUGCUUUUUUAUGUGACCCCUGGGUUGUGAUUGUCAAUUCCUGUAGCCAUUGCGCAUGAACAAGAACGAAUUUUUUUCUGAAGCUCUUAUAAAAUGAAAAUAAAGAAUUUAAUUGGGAGAAUUUAUAUUCCAAAACUUCACCUUUAUGUGUUUUAUAUAUUGAAAUCUUUACCACCUUUUUUUUGUUGCUUGGUUUGAUGGGUCUUCUUCUCAAGCAUGACAUAAUGCCAAAAGUCUGUCAUUGCCUCCAUGAGGCCCAACACUUGAAAGCAGCUCAACCACCUUGCCUCUGUGACUCCCGUUCGAAAGGAACUCAGCUACCUCACCUCCAUGAAGCAGCCCAACACUCAAAAGGAACUCAGCUAUUUUGCUUCCAUGUGGCCCAGGAGCUCAGCCACUUUACCUCCAUGAGGCCAAACACUCAAAAGAACUCAGCCACGUCGCCUCCGUGAGGCCCUGAGUAAUAUAAAGGUGUCCCCUGUUGUCCGCUCGUCUUCGUCAUGAUGAAGUCGUUAGAGAAGAUUCAGUCUGUUAUCGUCCUAAGAUAGCUUCAGCUCAUCUCAUCUCUGGCCCAUUGUCCAUUGUCUCCGAGAGGAUGGACUGGGCGUUGCUGGUUUUACGACGACGGCAAAGUUUGGCUGACCUUAACGCAAUCCAAUAAAGGGUCACGCAAACAGGCUCACAUACAAACAAAAAAAACAAGAGAAAAACCCUCCAAAAAAAAAAAAGUGAAAAAAAAACACAGAAAAACAAGUUUAAAAAAAUAUAUAUAUAUAAAAAAUCAAUUAACUGUGGAACAAUUAGUGACUCCCUUUCUUCUUUCUCCCAACGUUACUCCGGAACAAGAAGAAAAACCCUUUACAAAAAGUCUCACCAACAGAAAUAACAUUUUUUCACCAUGCCUCCAAAGCAGGGCUCACUUCCACAGAAGAAAGUUGGCCAGAAGGUUCUUACCAUGAAGAAACAAGAGAAGGGGCCCCCCAAGAUGUUUGUAGUCGGCAGCAACAGUACCACGACCACCACCACCACGACAAUGACGACAGCCACCCGCACAGCCACCGAAACGGUGGCGCCAAUGCGAUCGAAAUCUGAGAACUCCGGACUUAGCACCAUCUCUACAUCCACACCGUCCUCAAGAAAGAUAAUGGGUGCCCCACUCAGCAAACAAUAUCUGAGCAAAAGCCACGAAAACCUAACCACCCACCAACAGCAGAAGAAGAAGAAGCAGCUUUCUCUGUUACCGGACAGACCAAAGAUAAACAGCGGUGGGACCAGCGUUAGUAAGACGAGCAGCAACAAAGAGAAUGUCCUCAAAGAGAAAGAGAAGAACGUGGUGUUUGCGAAACCAGCACCACCUACUGGCACUUCGGCAACAAUUACCACAUCGUCAACGACAGCAGGCACCACAACGACGGCAUCUUCGUCGUCAACAACGACCAAAGGUGGAAGGAGUGCCACUGGGGUCAAUUCAACCAUCCGCAAAGCGUCGAGUACCCAGAACAUUGAUAAGACUGGCAAGGGCGUCUUCACGACGACGGGGUCGACAGGUUUACACACCAGUGGCAAGACCCACUCUUCGAUGAAGCGUGCACACAGUUCACAAAGCAUGACCAAAGAUAAAACGGUGCGCAAGAGGACUUCGGCACCGGCUGACGUGAUGGCGUACAAUGCCGAGCUACUUGCCAAUUUUGAGCGUGAGAAAAAGGCCCUGGAAAGCCGUAUUUCCGAACUGAUCCAGAUCACUGAAGGGCGGAAAGCGGAGAUUGAGAGGCACAAGUACGAGAUAAGGAAUCUUAAGGAACAAAUCCCAUCUCAGGAUCUUCAAGAGGAAUGUGAGUUCCUUAGGAAUCAGAACAAAAUUCUUCAAGAACGCUUAAAGGAAUUUGGAAUCUCUAUUGAGCAACUCCCCGAUGCUGAGAAAAUUUCCAUGCCAAAGAAGAGCCCAAGUCCGCCGUCGUCGAACCAAAGUGAACCUGCUAGCAAAGUGAUGCCAUCAAGCAUAAGUUGUGAUAAUUUAUCCAAUUUUGACUCCCUGCAAGAACCUUGUCCGAGUCGUUACGACUAUCCGAUGUCCGAACCGGGCUUGACACUGGACGAUCUGUGUGGCACACCAGAACACCCCUCAGAGCUGUCGCUGGACAAUGUCGGCUGGGACAAACAGAGCAACAAGAGCAGCGACGCAAUGAGUGAGGUGUCGGUGGCGUGCCUCACGGAACGGAUCCUCCAGAUGGAGGAGACGCACUACAGCACAAACGAGGAACUACAGGCAACACUGCAGGAACUGAGCGACCUGCAGGAUAUGGUGAACGAAUUGACCGAAGAUAACGAGAAGCUCGCAGACGAACGAGGCGUCGUGCUUGAGUCGCUGUGCACGCAGACGGAGAAACUAGAGCACUGUCGCACCCAGCUGGAGCACCUGAAGUCUUUAUUGAUCAACAGCAGUCUGAUAAACAGCACCGAGCGAGAACAGCAAAUGAUUGAUUUGCUGAAGAGCGCAUCGAUCGAGCGAGAGGAGAUGUUGCGCAAACAGGACGAGUAUUCAAAUGAACUCCAGAUGGCCAUCACCGAGAACCGAGAGGCACAGGAACUGGUGAGUGCCCUUCGUGACAAGACACAGCUGCUCCAGGGUGAAGUGGAUACGUUGACAGAAGAGAAGGAGAGCUCGGAGAAACUGAUUUCCGAGAUGAAACGGUCACUGUCCGAUGACAGGAUCGAGAUGACCCGGUACAAGACCAUGCUGGAAUGCGAGCGGUCAAAGGUCGAAAAGCUGGAGCAAAUGCAGUUGGCUCAGGACAACAAGUCUGACCUUGAACAGCUGCUGUUGACCACUCGGAAGGAGAAGGACGAGAUGGAGAUGAAGGUGACCAACAUGACGGAGGAGAUUCUGCUGUUGCAACGAGAGAUGGAGAAGGUGCGCGGGACCCUGGUGGCACGUGAGGAGGAGGUGAGGGGCCUCAAGUCGAACUCCAAAACAAGGAUCUCCGAACUGGAGCUGAAGGUAGACGCAAUGCAGAAGGAACGUGUGGACAUUCAGCAGGAGGAGGAGACACUGCGCGACCACAUUGAACAGCUGGAACAGGACUGUGACCGUUACCGUGACGACGUGAAGAGGUGCAACGCGAAGAUCCAGGAACUGCAACAGGAAAUGAAAGAACUGCUUCGGCAGAAGUCGGUCGUCGAGUCGGAACUGCACGACGUUCACCACCGACACGAAGAGGAAUCGGAAGAGUGGAAGCAGUUCCAGAAAGACCUGCAGGUGGCGGUGGUCAUUGCUAACGAUUUCCGUACAGAGACCCAGGAGGACAUGGAACGGCUGGUCUGCGAGAAUUCGUCAAUGCGGGAGAAACUGAAGUCGUUGCAGAGUCAGCUGGGCAAGGCCAAGGACGAGCUGGACAACCUGAAACUGCGCUCGUGGGACGAACGGUCAUCAAAGCCAAUCUUCUCGCCAGCUGAGCUAAAAGGUAAGAUGCUUAGCUCAGUCGAUCGGGAGUUGAUUGCGCUGCGAGAAGGCCGACGUAUGGACAGCAAAAACCAAACGAUGUCCGUGAAGAACCUUAUCCGGUCGAUCGAGGACCAAGUGAAGAGUGGCAACUCAUCGAUCCACUCGAGUGAGAACAGCUCUCGUCGCAGCUCAUUGGAGCUCGUGGGCUGCCCCCUGUCCCCAUCCAACAGCGACCUCACUGAUGCCAAGUCCCCGACGACGCCCACUGAUCUGUCACCGCAGGGGUCGUCGGAACUGCCACUGAGGUCUGUCUUGAAGCGACCCGCCGCUGAGAAGCUAUCGCCCCUGCAACCGCUCGGCACGACGUUUGAGAAAGGCAAGGAAUUGAAACCGGUUCAGCAGAACAACCGCAAUGAGUCUGAACAUUCGAAAGUGUCACCGUCCAUCUCGUCUAUCUUGUCGUCCCGGAGCAGCAGUAGGCGCAAUAGUGGAAUCUGCUGUACAGAAUUGGAACGUAAAGAGGCAGCAGCCAAAGACCCACUGGUAGGACUUGCCAAACAGAUGGGAGGAUCCAAGCGGAAUGCAUUACUCAAAUGGUGUCAACAGAAGACGCUCAGCUAUAAUGGUGUUGACAUCACCAACUUCAGCAGCAGCUGGAAUGAUGGCCUGGCCUUCUGUGCUCUGAUACACAGCUACCUUCCUGAAAAGAUGCCUUACGAUGAACUGACCUCCGAAGACAAGCGGAGAAACUUCACGUUGUCCUUUGCUGCGGCCGAGUCUGUUGGGAUUACAUCAAAUCUAAAUAUCAACGACAUGGUCGCUAUGGAACGUCCUGAUUGGCAAGCAGUGAUAGCCUACGUGACAGCAAUCUACAAACAUUUUGAAGUGGACGGCAAAUCGUAACCAACAACACAUCUUCAUUGAUGGACGACAAUGCCGGGUUCUCUAUAUGGGGACGUGGACUCACCCCUAUAUGUAUAUAUAUAUAUAGGCAAUAAAUGUGUGUAUGGGGGGUGGGGUUCAGUAUAUGAUGUCAAACUUCUGACACGGGUGUAUGUUGGUAUGGGUGUGUGUGGGUGUGGGUGAAAGGUUGCUGCAGUAUGGCCUGUGUACUACUAUAUGAACAGUUUAAAGAAAAAACACCCUGGACACCGCAAUCAACAGAAGAAGUACGCUGGGACUCCCGGCACCCCAGUGACUUUCUCUUAGCGAAAUGAAGACAUUUUCUCUCAAUCAUGGAUGUUGAUACACACACACAUUUCUAUGUAUGUAUAUAUAUGUAUAUAUAUAUAUAUAUAUUCAUGGGUGUGAGUAUAUUCAUAUAUACUCAUAUACACACACAUGUGUGUGUGUGUAUAUAUAAUAUAUAUAUAUAUAUGUCUCAGUAAGCCAUUGCAGCUGACCAACUGUGACGCAAACUUCCAGACAGCAAAAUAAAGCCUUGUGUCCUAUCCCAGUUGUGCUGGAGUAGACACAUCAUCAUCAUCAUCCUCAUCCUCAUCCUCAUCAAUAUCAUCACCACCACAGUCAUCAUCAUAACCAUCACCAUCACCAUCAUUGUGACUUGUAGUUGUUGUUUUUUCUUUUUUUUUCUUCUUUUUUUGUUACUUUAUGUCCAAAAGACACCCUUUACAGUCCCUGGUAGAAAUUUUAAAACUCGAUUUUAAAUUCUUGGAAAAUCAGUUUUAAACCUCUCUCUCUCUCUCAGUUUAUGAAACGAAGCAUUAUGUUGUUGUUGUUGCUAUUAUAGUUAUUUUCUAAACUUAUCAGCUUGCUGGACAGAAUGUUUUGAGGCGUUUCUCCAGGAUCUUCUCAAUCAAAAUUCCGAGUUCAAAUCCCACUGGGAUCAACUUUUCCUCUCAUUCUUUCGGAGUUAAUGAAAUAAAGUAAUCGCUGAAGCAGCCUUCGAAAUUGUUAGGGCUUCUGCGGAAAUUCGGGGCAAAAUGCUUAGCAGCAGUCAGCCCUCCCACCCUGAAAUUGGUGUCCUUGCACUAAAAUUUGAAACCAUCAGGUUGUGGCAGUUGUCUUUUGUUUGUAGGGAAAGUCCUGAAUGCAUUCAUAAUGGUUCAUUUCAUGGAGCAGAAGGGGUAGCAAGUAUGAGCUGGUGGGGCCAGGGUUAAGCUGGAUCAGUGGAGCACCCAGGUAAGCUGCUUAUCAUUUUGUCUCUUCUCGUUUUCGUCACCUACAUCUUCUCUUCCAACCAUGCCCCAUUCCAUCAACUGUACUCCCUCCCUCCUGCAUUCUUAAUUUUUGGCCCCUUGUAGACUUCACUUUUAUUUUCUCUUAAUUUCGGAUCAGGUGUUAAUGGUUGUAUGGCAGGGUGGUGUAAUCUAAUUGGGGCUUUUAAUUAAAUCGGGUGCCGUUGAUUGACUAGGCAGCAAAUGUUGCCAGCCAAGUGGAAUUUGUGCUUUGCUGUGUUUCAGGGGUCAUUGGUCAGCUAGACGGGGGCUGUGGGCAACGAGGAUGACUCGAUGCCCUACAACAAUCUCUUUACACCUGCUACUAUUAGCCAGGUGGAACUUGUGUUUUGCUACCAAGUGCAUACCUGCCGACAGGUGAUACGCAAAUCACAGCUGCUUUUGGAUACCGGUCAUCAGUUAGACAGGGUUUGUGGUCAGCCAGGUGCCGUCUGUGCCCCAUUCCAGACUCCCAUUGAACUGAUUGUAGAGGAAAGUGAGAUGACCAAGCAAAAAUACUCGGAGAAGCAACAGAGAUAAGUCUCAACUUACAUUAUACAAGUAGAGGCUGGCAUGGACGGGUGGUCAAGAAGCUUGCUUUGCAGCCACAGGAUUUCUGGUUCGAUUCCAUUGCAGAAAACCAUGGGCGAGUGUGUUCCAUUUUUAUCCCUAAGGCUGACUUGAAGCCUUCUCAUUGAAUUCGGUAGACACUGGGUGGGAGCCCUUCGUAUAUGUUUCUGUCUGUCCCCCCCAAACUCUUGACAACCUAUGUUGGUUUGUUUGUGUUCCAGUGAAUUAGCUGUUUAGCGAAAGAGAUUGACAAAAUAGAUACCAGACUUAGAAAAAUAUGUGCUGGUGUCGACCUCUUCGACUAAAUUCUUAAAGGUGAUACCCCAGCAUGGCCACAACCGAAUGACUGGUGCAAAAUAUGCCUUGGCUGAUUUCUUCUCGAUCUGUGAGCCACAUUGUUCUGCAGCAAAGGGCACAAGCUAAAGUACUCAACCGAGUUAAAGGGAUUAUAGUAUCCUUUCUCCUGUAAGCGCAAGGAAACAAGUUGAUUAUAUUGCUCCCAGUACUUCACUUAUUCCAAAAGGAUGAAAGACAAAGUCGACGGGGAGAUUUAAACUUGACAUUUCGUCCUCCUUCACAUCCUUGGUGGCAUUUUAUCUGACACACUGACAAUUCUGCUAGUUUGCUGCCUUUAAGGAUGAUGACAAUCCUUUCUGUUAUUGGCACAAGGCCUGAAAUUCCGGGGUAGGGGUAUGGUUGUGAUUACACUAACCCCAGUACACAACUGGUACUUAUUUCAUUGACCCCCAAAAGAAUGAAAGGCAAAGUUAACCUUGAUGGGAUUUGAGCUUGGAACAUAAAGAUGGAUGUCCAAACCUGCUGACAGGUGAUACCCAAAUCCUGGCUGCUUUUGGACAGCAUCCAUCAAGUUAGACAGGGAUUGUGAUAAGCCAGGUGGAGUGUGUUGCAGUCCGUAUCCCGUAAAUUAAUUUAUUGUAGAGGAAGGCAAGAUGACCAACCCAAAAUACUCAGAGUAAAAUGCUAAGGAUCCUGUCGGCUCCCUGUGAUCAUAACCCUUUCUACUCUAGGCACAAGGAGGGGACUAGUCGAUUACAUUGACUCCCCCCAAUGUUUCACUGGUAUAUUUAUUUUAUCAACCCAGAAAGGUUGAGCGGCCAAGUCAACCUUGGCAGAAUUUGAACUCAGAAAAUAGUGGCAGGCAGAAUACCACCAGGCACUUUGUCCAGUUUGCUCACCGUUCUGCCAGCUCACCACCUGACGAAUAAUACUGUUUCUAGCAUAGUGAUGACAUGGCCUUUGGCGGGGGGCGGGGGUGGAUUGCUUGAUAAUACUGACGAGUGUUUUGACCUUAAAAGGACAAAAGGCAGCAUUGGCCCCAGUGAGAUACGACCCCAGCAAGUAAGGGGAUAAGGACUAACACCAAAAGGCAUUUCUUGUUUCUGGUCUUCCAGUGGUUCCAUCCUGCUACUUCGUCUUUCCAUCCCAACUCUUAUUCUUCCACUUGUUUUUAUAGAAUGUUUUUUUUCGUGAUUAUUAUUGUAAUCUCAUUUAUUUAUUUUUAGUUCAGGAUGUUCUGUGUCUUCUUGUUCAAUGCAAUUUAUGUUAAUAGGAUAACCAGUCAGGGUAGUGGCCCUCAUCCAUCCACACUCGGAUGAAAGCCUCUCUGACCAUGAGUGACUCUUUUACUGCAACACACUGGUCAUUCUUAAGGGGAGGGGGUACACACACAUAAGUAAUAAUAAAGAUAGUCAUGCUGGAAUAUUUACUUCAUUUAUUACUUAUCCAGGUAGAAGUCUUCAAUUUUCACAGGAAAUGAAAUAUAAAAUAUUCACGCUGCAACAUUCAAAAAUGUCUCUUUCUCUCUUGAGAAUGCUUGUAGUUUUAAGAUGCAUCGUCAGUGAUAUUUCUAGGGUCUCUGAUCCGUUCGCAGUUAUCAGAUCCCUCUUUUCUUCCCAAUAGCAGCUUGU